AUGCGCCACUACAGACACAGACAGGCUGUGACGGGCUCGGGCGAGGUGCGUGGCCCCAACUCCGCGCUGACGGAGUUUCUCAAGGAGCAGGGAAUCACGCGACGACGAGAGUCUUCCGAGCCACCUGACGAGGUGGGUCUGGAGGUCGGAGAUCAGGGCCAAACGUCUCAGACGGCGAUCGAGCUGUCGGACAAUAACACGGACGACUCGUCCGGGUCCAGUGCCGACGAAGACGACCCAGAUAUCGUUCGCAUCCGCAAUCUGGCUCGCCGAAAACGCAACUGGGACGAGUCCGAAGACGAUCCGGACAUGACAUCUGAGGAGGAGAUCAAGGGAGUCAAGAACCCGGGCCAGAAGGACACGUGUGCGGUUUGCGGCGUCUUGUUUGUGGUGACCGCCUUCUCCCGCAACCACAAGAACGACGCCCUCAAGCUGCUGUGCUACGACUGCACCAUGGAGGAGGUGAAGAAGGAAAAGGAGGCCAAGAAGCGGGACCACAACUUGCGAAAGCUGCGGAAAAAACAGGCUGAGGCGCUUCUCGACCAGAAACAGUACAUCCGAGUGCCCAAGCUCCAGGACAUGUGUAUCACUCUGAUCACCACCCAUAUUGACCAUGUGGAGGCUCUAGGAGAUAUCGGAGGCGAAAACAAGAACAAAAUCAGCCGCAUCUUAUCGAGAAACCGUCGACUGGACUCGGAAACCAUGAAGUUCUUUUUCGACACCCAGCUCAAAAACCUCGAGUUCUGGGACUGCUCCAAUAUCGACUCGGAAUCACUCCGAAUGAUUGGCUCCUUCUGUCCCAAUCUGGAGGAGUUGGUUCUGGGCAUGUGUGGGCGGCUGCGAAAGGAAGACCUGCUCUAUCUGGGCGAAAAGCUCAAGUCGCUGGCCUCUCUGUACAUCGAUGGAGCGUUUCUUAUUUCUGGAGACACUUGGAACGUCUUCUUCGACAUGGUAGGAGGCGGUCUCAAGGAGCUCACUAUCAAAAACAGCCACCGAAUCUCCUCGGAAAACAUUGUGUACAUGUGUGAAAAGUGCCCCAAGCUGGAAAAGUUGGUGCUGAGCAGACUCGAGGGAUGCACCGACCCCAUGGGAUACGAAAUGGCAGCUCUAACCCUGGGAAACCUCAAGGAAAUUGAGAUUAGUUAUCCUCAAGACGAGUCACUUGUUUCCGAUGAUCUCAUCAGUGGCCUGGUAUCUACUUGCGGUCCCCAACUCAAGUCAAUCAACCUCGAUGGUUGUUCGGCGCUCACAGACAAGACUCUAGGCACUCUGCGGGCAUGUACAGCUCUAGAGUCCUUGUCUCUGAGUCAUGUGGACCAGCUGACCGACAACGGAGUGGCAUCACUGUUCUACCAGUGGGAAAACCCCGGUCUCAGUGAAAUCCACAUGCGCAAGUGCAUUGCUCUGGGUGACGAUUCGUUCAGAGUGCUUGUGGACAACUCGGGACCGACGCUCAAGAGCAUCAGCGUCAACUCGUGGGCAGAGAUUGGGGUCGACACGGUGAAGACGGUGUGUAAGAGUCUCCCGGGGCUGCAGGACAUUGACCUGGGCUUCUGCAAGGGUAUCAACGACGAGUGUGUGGAGUUGUUGGCGGAAAACUGUCCCCUGUUGCAGAAGAUUGAGGUCUAUGGAGACCCGGGAGUGACGGAGAAUUGCAAGGUGGGCGACGGUAUCAAGUUGAUUGGCAGGAUGAGUGAUGUCGUCUAG